UCCCUCCCGCGAGCACGGCGGCCGGCGCCGGACGGCUUCUGCGUUCAGCCGGGCCGGGGAGGCUCCGGCCAGACACUUUAAUUCCAUCCUGCCAGAAAGGGGCGAGUCCCAUCUUGAGCUUUCCGCGCAGCCUGGCUCGCUCCUCCGUGCGCCUCGGCUUCUGCCCGGCCUCCGGGAGAUGAGUCCUGGGUCUGCCCUGCGUGCUCCGGCGGCGUCGGUUCCGAGCGGCGGCCCAAAGUAGUGACACUUGCUGGGAGCCACUGCUGGAAAAGUGAGCCGAGGCGGCGCGAGCUCGGCUCUCCUUGCGCCCGGGCGCCGGCUGCCUCUUGCUCUGCCUUCCCCUCGGCUCCCCGGCGGCCGCAGCAUGAAGUGGCGCAGCGAUGGCCAGGAGAGGUAAGAAGCCGGUGGUGAGGACGCUGGAGGAUCUGACGCUGGACUCGGGUUAUGGUGGCGCGGCGGACUCGGUGCGCUCCUCCAACUUGUCCCUGUGUUGUUCCGACUCGCACCCGUAUGGCGGGAGCUGCUGGCCGCCUCUAGCUGACUCCAUGCACAGCCGGCACAACAGCUUUGACACCGUCAACACUGCCCUGGUGGAGGACUCCGAGGGGCUGGACUGCGCCGGCCAGCACUGCUCGCGGCUGCUGCCGGACCUCGACGAGGUCCCCUGGACCCUCCAGGAGCUGGAGGUGCUGCUGCUGCGCUCGCGGGACCCCCGGGCAGGCCCGGCGGCCCCCGGCGGCCUGCCCAAAGACGCGCUGGCCAAGCUGUCCAUGCUGGUGAGUCGGGCGCUGGUGCGCAUCGCCAAAGAGGCGCAGCGCCUGAGCCUGCGCUUCGCUAAGUGCACCAAGUACGAGAUCCAGAGCGCCAUGGAGAUCGUGCUGUCCUGGGGCCUGGCGGCUCACUGCACGGCGGCCGCGCUGGCCGCGCUGUCCCUCUACAACAUGAGCAGCGCCGGCGGCGACCGCCUGGGCCGUGGCAAGUCGGCGCGCUGCGGCCUCACCUUCUCCGUGGGCCGCGUGUACCGCUGGAUGGUGGACAGCCGCGUGGCGCUGCGCAUCCACGAGCACGCCGCCAUCUACCUGACUGCCUGCAUGGAGAGCCUCUUCCGGGACAUCUACUCGCGGGUGGUGGCCUCCGGGCUGCCCCGGAGCUGCAGCGGCUCCGGCCCCGGCUCCAGCUCCGGCGCAGGCCCGGGCUCCGGCCCCGGCGCGGCCCCUGCAGCGGAUAAGGAGCGGGAGGUGCCCGGAGGGGGAGCGGCGAGCGGUGGCGCCUGCAGCGCAGCCAGCAGCGCCAGCGGGGGCAGCAGCUGUUGCGCCCCGCCGGCCGCCGCUACGGCCCCGGCAGCCCCGCCGGCCGCUGCUGCUGCGGCUGCUGCUGCGGCUGCGGCCGCGGCCGCCAACCACCACCUUCACCACCACCACGCGCUCCACGAGGCGCCCAAGUUCACCGUGGAGACGCUGGAGCACACGGUCAACAACGACUCCGAGAUCUGGGGGCUCCUGCAGCCCUACCAGCACCUCAUCUGCGGGAAGAACGCCAGCGGAGUGCUGUGCCUGCCUGACAGCCUGAAUCUUCACAGAGACCCACAGCGCUCAAGCAAGCCGGGAGAACUGCCCAUGUUCAGCCAGUCUGAGUUGAGGACCAUCGAGCAGUCCCUGCUGGCCACCCGCGUGGGCAGCAUCGCAGAACUGAGUGACCUGGUGUCCCGAGCCAUGCAUCACCUGCAGCCCCUCAAUGCCAAGCACCACGGCAAUGGCACCCCCCUGCACAACAAGCAGGGGGCGCUCUACUGGGAGCCUGAGGCCCUGUACACCCUUUGCUAUUUCAUGCACUGCCCGCAAAUGGAGUGGGAAAAUCCCAACGUGGAGCCUUCCAAAGUCAACCUCCAAGUGGAAAGGCCCUUCCUCGUGCUGCCGCCGCUGAUGGAGUGGAUCCGGGUGGCCGUGGCGCACGCCGGCCACCGCCGCAGCUUCUCCAUGGACAGUGACGACGUCCGCCAGGCGGCCCGGCUGCUGCUGCCCGGCGUGGACUGCGAGCCGCGCCAGCUCAGGGCCGACGACUGCUUCUGCGCGUCUCGGAAGCUGGACGCGGUGGCCAUCGAAGCCAAGUUUAAGCAGGACCUGGGUUUCCGGAUGUUGAACUGUGGAAGGACGGACCUGGUGAAACAAGCAGUGUCUCUCCUAGGGCCUGAUGGAAUCAACACCAUGAGCGAACAGGGCAUGACCCCUCUGAUGUAUGCCUGUGUCCGUGGGGACGAGGCGAUGGUCCAGAUGCUGCUGGAUGCCGGAGCUGACCUGAAUGUGGAGGUUGUCAGUACUCCUCAUAAAUAUCCAUCCGUCCACCCCGAGACCCGCCAUUGGACGGCUCUGACUUUUGCUGUGUUGCAUGGACAUAUUCCUGUAGUUCAGCUUCUCCUGGAUGCCGGGGCCAAGGUGGAGGGCUCUGUGGAGCAUGGCGAGGAGAACUACUCUGAAACGCCCCUGCAGCUGGCGGCCGCCGUCGGAAAUUUUGAGCUGGUUAGUUUGCUGUUGGAGCGUGGCGCCGACCCCCUGAUAGGAACCAUGUACAGGAAUGGAAUUUCUACAACCCCCCAGGGUGAUAUGAACUCUUUCAGCCAGGCUGCAGCCCACGGACACAGGAAUGUGUUCCGCAAACUGCUCGCUCAGCCAGAGAAGGAGAAGAGCGAUAUCCUGUCCCUGGAGGAGAUUCUGGCUGAGGGGACUGACAUGGCAGAGACAGCCCCGCCCCCCCUGUGCACCAGCCGCAACAGCAAGGCCAAACUGAGGGCCCUGAGGGAGGCCAUGUAUCACAGCGCUGAGCAUGGCUACGUGGAUGUCACAAUUGAUAUCAGGAGCAUAGGCGUCCCGUGGACCCUGCACACGUGGCUGGAGUCCCUGAGGAUCGCCUUCCAGCAGCACCGCAGGCCCCUCAUCCAGUGCCUGUUAAAGGAAUUCAAGACCAUUCAAGAGGAGGAGUACACGGAGGAGCUCAUCACCCAGGGCCUGCCCCUGAUGUUCGAGAUCCUGAAAGCCAGCAAGAAUGAAGUGAUCAGCCAGCAGCUAUGUGUCAUCUUCACUCACUGCUACGGGCCCUACCCCAUCCCCAAGCUCACGGAGAUCAAGCGGAAACAGACCUCUCGCCUGGAUCCUCAUUUCCUUAACAAUAAAGAAAUGUCUGAUGUUACCUUUCUGGUGGAAGGAAGACCGUUUUAUGCUCACAAAGUGCUGUUAUUUACAGCCUCUCCAAGGUUCAAAGCGCUCCUCUCCAGCAAACCGACAAACGACAGCACCUGCAUCGAGAUCGGCUAUGUGAAGUACCCCAUCUUCCAGCUGGUCAUGCAGUAUCUCUACUACGGUGGCCCCGAGUCACUUCUCAUCAAAAACAACGAGAUCAUGGAGCUUCUGUCUGCUGCUAAGUUUUUCCAGCUGGAGGCGUUGCAGCGACACUGUGAGAUCAUCUGUGCAAAGAGCAUCAACACCGACAACUGCGUGGAUAUUUACAACCACGCCAAGUUUCUAGGAGUCACAGAGCUCUCAGCCUACUGCGAAGGCUACUUUCUCAAAAACAUGAUGGUCCUCAUCGAAAACGAAGCAUUCAAGCAGCUCCUCUAUGACAAAAGCGGCGAAGGGACGGGCCAGGAUGUGCUGCAGGACUUACAGAGGACGUUGGCCAUCAGGAUUCAAUCAAUCCACUUGUCAUCUUCCAAAGGUUCGGUUGUAUGAGGGGUCGGCUGCAGGGAAUGCUCCGUGGGGACCUUGCCUGUUCUGCUGCGCUGGCUUCACACCGAUACGUACAACCUUCACUGGCGUCUCUUUCUGGCUGGGCCAAGGAGCUGCCUCGAUUGCCUCGGCUUCUCCUGAAUAAGCAAAUUCAGCUCCCGUGUAUUCCUGUUGAAAAACCAAGGACAUUCCAAGGUCCUUACAGCUGGGUCCAGAGCCUGCCGGUCGACAUGGGGCUGCCAAGCUAACCCCAUCUGAAAGCACCCCCAGGGCAUUUGAACACCCACUGCUGGGAACUGCUGACAGGUGGAUGGAUUGAGAACUGAAGGUCAUUCAGGUUCCAGGUUGACCUUUGGAGAACUUGACUGUACUCACCCUGAAGAGCGUAGUACUUACACAUCAAGGACCUUCGGAGCUGCAGUUCAGCAGAGCCAGCCACGGUGGCAUGGUAACUGCUACCUAUAAGGAAGAAAUAAUUUGGCAAAUUUUUAGGGGUGGGAACUUUAUAAAAUGUUCAUAAAAACAAACAGGACAGCCUUGUAGUUUAAAAUAUAUUUCUAAAAGCUUAAUGGUUCAUUUUCAACUGAAUUAUGUUUAGGGAUCUGUGUUUUGAGGUUUUUUUUUUUUUUUUUUUUUAAACAGUAGGUCGCAGGUCCAUUCUGUAUAGACAUGCAUCUGACAAGAUAGUGCUGAUAUUCUACACAAGAUGAGUAAUCUUGCCUUAGUGAUCAUGGUUACACAAAAGAGGUGCACUGCCAAUAAUUAUCUCUAAUUCAAUAGCUGAAAACAGCCUGCAUGCUAAUUGUGGUUUUGGGGUAAGAAUAAAACACCCCCACCUAACAAACACAUGCAUUUGCAUGGGCUCAAACCUGUGAAAUGUUACUUUUGUGCUUCAUUUUUGCCAAGGUAAAAAACAUUCCAUCCCUUCUUGCUAAACAAAAAGUCCAUCUGGUGAAACUGUCAUAUCCAUUUCUUUUCUUAAUUGUGAAUGAUGCUGGGAUGCUUUUGCAGAAAUUUGUCAUAGAGGAUGCUGGAUGGGGGGUGGGGGUGGGGGCACGUCCGAGAAUUUACUAUUAAUCCCAGAGUUUUCUCGGUAUUCUCAGAUGUUAAUAGUUUGUUACUAGCCAGAGAACAUGACUAUGUUAGAUUAUUUUUAAAGAUGAAACAUGUAUGAUAGGAUGGAUUCUUUCUGUAUCCUAAGAGUGUACAGUAUAGGAUUAUCUAUAAGGAGAGUUUCUAUCGACAGGGUUCCGUUUGCUCUGCCAUAUAUUAUAAACAAAAGAGAUGGGUGAAGUGCCACGAUAUUCCAAAUAAUUCUUGAGUUGCUGCCUCGGUUCUUGUCCUUUCAUUUCAGACCUAAUACAUGCAGUAAAAACUAGGAGAAUGACUUUUACCCUUUGGGAUGGCAAAGUUUCGUUGGUAAACCUAUUUCCUAGCAUGCCUUUGGGAAGUUGUACGCAGACCUAGAUUCUAAAGGAGCUGCUGUUUCUCCAUCACACCAGCUCCCUGAGCCAUUUUUGUCCAGAGGCCCGAUGUCCAGUCCUGUGUUGUGGGUAGAAACCACGGAGUGCUGGGGCCACGUCUGUCUACACUGUCGGUUCUUCAGAGGCCGAUCCGCCAGGCCUCCCUUCCACUCGUCGCUGGCAACCCUCUCCAGGCCCCGCCAUCAAGUGAGGAAGGGGAAGAAACUGGCUGCAGAGUCCACAUUACAGACAAGGCAGCACAUGUGUAAGUCGGCGCUGUCUCCUGUCCUGUGUCCUCGGAGAUGCCGCCUGGAGGCUUCCUUAACUCCUGGGAAGGUCGAAUGCUAGUCCUGGGCCUCUGGGCAUUGACUGUACGGUGGCGACUCCUGGCGGGCUUCUGUUAUAGUUUGGUGUGCUUUCUCUGUCAUUAAAAGAAAUGAUUUU